AUGGCGCUGGAGGGCCUGUCGGCGUGCGGCGGCUUCGGCACGCCACCAUCGUUUUACCAGGCCAUUGACGUUCCUGUGCAGCUGCGCCGCCCUCUGUCUCCACCAUUGGAAGACGCGGAAGAAGAGGAAUCUACAGCCGCCCCAGCGCCAGCGCUGUCGCUGCAGGGCUCUGAUGGGCCGUCGGUGACAGGGGUCCCGCGUGGCACGGUCACAGCCUGUGAUGGGCUUCCAGUGGCAGGGAGCGAUGGGGUCCCGCGCGGCAUGGUCACAGCCUGUGAUGGGCUUCCAGUGGCAGGGAGCGAUGGGGUCCCACGUGGCAUGGGCACAGCCUCUGAUGGGCUUCCUGUGGUCUCACCCCUUCUGGACGACGAGGAGGAGCUUCUCUUGCCAAGAGAGCCGGCUCUUCAGGAAUCCAAGAAAGUCCAAGCGAACGACUGCGGCUGCUUCGCAGCACUCCGGGUGUUUACAGACAGGAGACACGCCAGAGGCAUCUUCAUCGAACGCUGA